UUGAAUCACGUGACUGAAGAUGGCUGAGGUGAGGAUGAGCGUCGGCGGAGGAGACGUGAUGAGAGAUGCUGAAUAUGCUCCGAAAACAAACGCGAGGAGCGACGCAGACAUAGACCGACGACUGGGAGGGACUCUGAUCGCAGUCGGUCUCGGUGUGGCUGCUGCAGGUUUUGCAGGCCGCUAUGCAUUCCAGCUGUGGAAGCCUCUGGGACAGGUCUUCUCUGAAACUGUGAGGAAGAUGCCCUCAUCGGCUUUCUCAUCAUAUUACAAAGGAGGUUUUGAGCAGAAGAUGUCCAAAAGAGAGGCCAGCCUCGUUCUUGGCAUCAGCCCAGUGAGCACUAAGGCCAAGGUACGCGAGGCCCAUCGGAGGAUCAUGGUCCUGAACCAUCCAGAUAAGGGUGGGUCACCGUAUCUCGCCGCUAAGAUCAACGAGGCCAAAGACCUUUUGGACAAGGAGAACCGGCGAUGACCUGCACCGUUAACGGACACUUUAAAGACCCCCAUUACCGUGCGGAUGAUCUACGCUAUGUGGUUCUGCUUCAUCAAUGUCAACACCAAGGCAUCCACUCCGGGCACCUGGAAGCAAAAAAAUAUAUUGACAUGACAGUUUUAUUCUUAACAAUGUUACUAAUCUCCAACUUAAUUUGUCAACAUUGUGAACAUAUGAAGAUGUGUGUCAACCAAGAGUGAAGGAUAUUGCCUUUAAAUGACUUGACAUAUAAAAUUAUCUAUUUUAAGGAGCGGGACAAUGUUUCAUUCAAAUAUUUCCAUGUUUGAACAGUUAGUGUGAAAGUGGUGAAACACAAUUUUCUUUUAAUAAACUUUAUUUGAAAACAUUUACAGUAGUUGUGUUUGUAUU